UCCGUCAUCAGUCGCUGAAUGUCGAUGAAAAGCGGAGAAAGUCAGGCUCUCGUCGACAGACCCGGACCGGAGCGCUCUCAGGUGAGGAUAAACCCCGGUCUGAACUUCCGGCGCGGUCUGUGGAAACUUUUCCGGACGCUUCCGCCGCUGAUCGCGGAGCCGCUCGAGCGAUCUUUCGCGCUUGUCCGUCAGUCAGGACGCGCUUUAACCUGAUUCUUCCUCACUUUCGUAAACGCACCGUUGUUUUCUGCCGACGUCCUCGCUGACUUUCAGCCAUGUCAGACCUGACCGACUCUCUGGUGGACGUGUCCAGCGACAGCUUCUGGGAGGUGGGGAACUACAAGCGUGCGGUGAAGCGCGUGGACGACGGGAACCGGCUGUGUAACGACCUCAUCAACUGUCUGCACGAGCGAGCCCGCAUCGAGAAGAGCUACGCCUCGCAGCUCACUGAGUGGGCCAGACGCUGGAGACAGCUGGUGGAGAAAGGGCCUCAGUACGGCACGGCGGAGCGGGCGUGGUUCGCUCUGAUGACGGAGGCCGAGAAAGUGAGCGACCUGCACAUGGAGGUGAAGGCUGCGCUGAUGGGAGAAGACUUGGAGAAAGUCAAGAACUGGCAGAAGGACGCUUACCACAAGCAGAUGAUCGGCGGCUUCAAGGAGACCAAAGAAGCCGACGAUGGCUUUCGCAAGGCGCAGAAGCCCUGGGCCAAGAAACUGAAGGAGGUGGAUGCCAUGAAGAAGGCCUACCACAACGCCUGCAAGGAGGAGAAGACGGCCAGCAGCCGAGAGAGCUCGAGCAAGCUGGACAAUAACAACCCCGAGGCCCAGAAGAAGCUGCAGGAGAAAGUGGAGAAGUGCCAGCAGGAAGUUCAGAAGACGAAGGAGCGCUACAGGAAGUCCCUGGAGGAGCUGGACAAGGUGACCCCUCAGUACAUGGAGAACAUGGAGCAGGUGUUCGAGCAGUGGCAGCAGUUCGAGGACAAGAGACUGCGCUUCUUCAGAGACCUGCUGCUGGGCGUCAAGCAGCACCUCGACCUCUCCUCCAAUCACAAGUACGCCACCGUCUAUCACACGCUGGAAGACACGGUGCGGGCGGCCGACGCUCAGGAGGACCUCCGGUGGUUCCGCUCCAACCACGGGCCCGGCAUGGCCAUGAACUGGCCUCAGUUUGAGGAAUGGUCCAUGGACUUGAACCGAACGCUCAGUCGACGAGAAACCAAGAGGAAACACAACGAUGGAGUGACUCUGACGGGGAUCAGUCAGACCACAGAACACACCUCGAAAACCAGCAGCAGCGUGGCUGUGGCCAGUAGCUCAGAAGCCGCAUGCUUGAACCCGUUUGAUGAUGAUGAUGAUGAUGAUGGUGGUGAGGAUGAUGGUGGUGAGGUGGAGGAGGAUGAGGAAGAGCCGGCGGCGGAGCGGCCCAAGAGCAGCCCGCUGGCUGUCAAACGAGAGGAAGUGACCUCACAAACCGCUAACGGGAACCCGUUCGAGGACGAGGCGAGCGCUGCGGAGCUGUGUGUGCCGGUGCGGGCGCUGUACGACUACGAGGGGCAGGAGCAGGACGAGCUCAGCUUCAGAGCAGGCGAUCAGCUGAUGAAGAUGAGCGAGGAGGACGAGCAGGGCUGGUGUAAGGGGCGUCUGAGCGACGGCACGCUCGGACUCUACCCCGCAAACUACGUGGAGGACCUGGAGUGAGCCGCUUUUAAGAGUUUUACCAGCGCUGUGUGCUUUUAGGACCCUGAUUUUAUGACCCCGGAGCUGACCUCUGACCCCUGCGGCUCCGCCGGAUCUGGACGUGCACUGGACGACAUGCUGUAGAGACACGCCUCAUGUAGAUCUAGCGCGUGUGUGUGUGUGUGUGUGUGUGUGAGAGAGAGAUCAUCAGAAUGUUACGGCUCAUGAAUGUUAAUGUAAAUAUGAAUCUGACGCCCGAGUCCGGUUCCUCUCAGGUGUCCCGCGUUAAUACAGUCGUGUGUGUGUGUGUGUGUGUGUGUGUGUGUGUGUGUGUGUGUGUGUGUGUGUGUGUGUGUGUGUGUGUGUGUGUGUGUGUGUGUGUGUGUGUGUGUGUGCUUCACAUUUGUUCAGCGCUGAAAUGGUUUGAGUUGAAUAUCUCUGUUCACGUCACAAACUCAGUUACACACUUUGAGAGUUCAGUCACUUUUUUUUUAUAAUGAAUUGGUUACAUUUUCUUGAUUUCUUCUGUUUAAAAUAUAUAUAUAAAUAUAAAUAUAUACAACUCAUUUUGUUUCUUUUUCAAAUCAUUUUCUCACGUUUGACAACAGUUGAUAUU